AUGCGUCAGGUGACUUCUGCUACUACGUCUGGCUUGAUCACGGUUCCAGGGAGUCAACCUGAGUCAGGCCUGUCAGGCACUGUCUCUUCGGUUGAUCCUUCUGGUCAUAACCUGAGCAGAGGUAGUGUCAGCAGGAUCGCCAGCAAGAAUGCUGCUAGUAUCGCUGCAGAAUGUAGGCCUUUGGUGUUGGAAACGAACGAAUCUCGGGUAGGCUCUACAUUAAACCCACCCCCUCAUGCUUAA